AUGAUUCAUCACGUCAUGCACUGUCACUUGCCUCCGCAACUCAUGGACAAAGUCUACGCAGUAAUCCACAUCGAGCCUCUUGCCGAAGCCGUCAGAGAUUUCAAAGAGCUUCGUCAUUCACGUUCACUUGGUGGGAAAAUCGACGCAAUCACCGGCAUUCUCAACCACCGAUUCGACACUGAUCCGAAGAAUGGACCUGGUUUGAAGAAUCGACCUGGCUGUCCCGGAGGUCGCACGAUCGUCAAAGGGUCGUUGCAACCCCUCUUCAUCCAUUAUCCCCCUAGCCUCAUCUCUUCCGUCGUCUUCCACUACUCUUCACCUCAACCUUCUGAUUCCAGAUACUCACUGAUUGACUGCACUUUCGCUGUCGACCCAUCGUCCAUUGGCUCGAAUACGACGGCCACUCGCCUCAUCCGCUUUUCGACUUUCGACUGA